AGAUACCACUAACAGGAUCCCCAUUAUUCAGCAGCAGAAGUGAAGCUUCUAUUCACUGGAUUUCUCAUUUAGAGAACUAAGAAUUGAGGAGGAAAAUCUUACUGCACCUCAGAAAAACACUUUUCUGAUAAAAUGCCAUCCAAGAGAAAAUCCCUGAUGUUUGCUUCUGCUUUUUUCACCAGUGUUAUCUCCUUGGUGAUAGUUUGCCUUGUUCUUGCAACCAAAAACUGGGUUUCAAGUGAGAUUAAAUUCAGUGAUGUGAAUUCCACUGAGACAAUAUUCAUUACAUAUGGACUCUUUGAAGGAUCUUGUUCAAAGAACGUGCAAAAUGGACUUAGUGUUGAGGAUACUCCUUUCCAAGUUGCAGAUUUGCUGGAAAAUACUAACGCGAAUGGUUUCAACAUUGUGAUUAUUAUUCUGCUAGUUCUUAGCUUGAUCAGCUCCUUCCUCAGUUCUGGAUUUACAUGCUACAAUGCCAUUAGCAACCCCUACCAAACCUUUUUGGGCCCUAUUGGGGUCUAUACCUGGAAUUCCAUAUCUGGCAUCUGCUCCCUCCUUGGCUUGUUUCUGUUUCCUGCAAAUGUGGAAGUAAAUGAACUGUCAGUUGAGCUGGCUGCGCCUUGCGGUCCUCCAAAGGAACCCACUCUCUCUAACACUUAUGGAUAUUCAUACUGGAUCGUGCUCCUUAUAGUCCUUUCAAAUGCUGCAGGGAUCAUUAUCAUUGUUUUCUACCAACGUGCAAGGUAUUCGAAAAGGAAAGAGCGAGAGAGACCCAUGGAAACUGCACCCAAAGAUGGCAUUUUAUUUUGACGGAACCUGCUGCUUAAUUUCAAGGACAAGUGUGCAAUCUAAACCACCAUCAUUUACAUGAUUGUCAGGCCCACUGACUUAUGUAGGGUGGAUAAUUCAGCCCAGGGUUGCUACCUAUAUGAAUAAAACAGAACAACAAUGUGGACAAUUGGGGCUGAUAAAUGGAAAAGUAAUACUCUUGUUCUCCAGCUGUUUUGUUACACUGGAUAAUUUAUAUCAGAUUCUGUCCACUAAGUAAGGUCUUUCUACAGGUCUGUACAACUUGUAACUCCAAACCUGUUAUAUAUUUGAUUCUGUCUAAUUGAAUCUGCAACUACGUUUCACUUACUAUGAGGUUAUGUUGGACCUACUGUUCUAGUGUAUCUGCUCGUUUUACAUAAUAUAUGUUACUUAAUGAAAAGGCAUAAUUGUGAACCCAAACUUGUUUAUGUGUGUGUCUGCCUUAAGCACCCUUCAUCAACCUGGUCCCUCCCAGAUAUUUUUGACUACAACAUCCAUCAGUUCCAGCAUUCUAUUUACAUGUGGGAUGCUGACCAAUGCUCCAUUACCUAGUAAUUUGUGGCUUACUCAAAAGAACACUGGAGACUAUUGGCCUUAAGACCACAGAACAACUUUCCUGACUAUACUACUCUUUCAAAAUUCUCAGGCUUUCUUGUAUGUCCUUUAGAUCACUGGUCUUCAACAGGUGGUUUGGGACCCAGUCGUGGCCUGAUCCACAACAGAAGCACUACCACCAGGCAAAUGUAUCGUAAAAAUUUAAGAAAUGGGUCCCCAAAUGCAUGUUUGGGUUAAAACUAGGUGCAGGAUCUGAAAAGCUUGAAGAUACCUGCUUUAGAUUAAAGGUUCUACAUCAAUGGCAUGAAGCACAUUCGUGCGCCUGAGAGCCACAAAGCUGAUAAUUUUCUGAAAGGAGAUUGAGAUCUGCAUUUCCUGCUGGAGGUGAUUAUUAUAUGAAAUUGGGAAAUCUCCUGAGGCUUGUCCACCACUGAUAACAGUCUCCUGCUGCUGUACAAUUGCUGGAGCCAUGCUGAGCCACUUAUUUUCAAAAACCAAGACAUGGAUUCUCUGAUAAUACAAAUGCUCUGCUUCUAUCAUAAGGUCUGAUUGUAGAUUUAAUCACAUUGCAUGAUGGAUGUUGGCUCAGCAAAACUGUGACAAUUGCUCGCUGAAGCUCACUGUGAAAAUUUUUGCAGCUCAAGCAGAACUGGCAAAUGCUUGGCUGUGUGCCAGUUUCGCUUGUGGGGGCAAAUGUCUGAUUAUUUUAGCCUAAGCAUCUGCAGUGGCAGAAAGUAGUUUUUACGCUGUAUAAAAUCUUCAGUUAUCUCUCAAAGGAUUGAUUCAACAUGCCAUGUAGAACUAACUUACUUUGGUUGGUUACAAGCCAGUCUUGUGGCCCUUAAACUUCAUUGUUUGAUGACCACUGUUCCAGUUCACUUGAUCUUCGCAAAGCACCACAUUUUCUUACUUUACAGUCACCGCAGCGCAAAAAAAGAGAAAAGCUUCAAAAGCUUCUGAAUGCAAAGUCAGCUGCUGCGUUUGACUUCUGUGACCUUGAUGCAAUGAAGCUACAGUAUAUGCAUACAUGGAGGAGGAGGAGAAUUAGCUACACAGAAGGGCUUCUUGAAUGUUUCCACAGCAACUAGUCACGCUGCUGAGGUGGCAAGCCACUUUUCAAUUCAGAACGUGCAAUAUAAAUUCAAAAGUGGUUUGCCUUUUCAGCAUGUGGUAGAAAUCCCCUCCCCCUUCAAAUAUCUAGCACUCCAUCCUGCCCCCCUGUUUUGAUUGCAUUAUUGGGAACCACCUCCAAGGAGCAUUGAGGAUAAGUUCAACCAGCUUGCUAAUCUAAGAAUUAUUUUAUUUCCCCACCAAGAACCAAUUUGCAUGUCUGCUUCAGUUCUUGUCCUUCAUGGUUUUCAGUCGGCCUGGAUUAGUGAAUAUGUGCCAAAAGCCAGAUCUAGAAAGACAUCAGCUGUUGGAGUGAAGUGCCAUCCACUUGAUAGCUGCCACAGAAAACAAGCCAUAACUGAUUCUAAACUCCCUAGGAUAUUCUUGUUUGGAAUCUUAUCUCAUUUGCAAGUAAUACAGGUGUUACCUUUUUGUCUCAGCCAUGCCCCCCCCCUCCCCGGGGAAACAACAGCUUGGGAAAAUCUUUAGAUGGGGAAACAACACAAGGGGAAAGGGAGUUAAUUCUCCUGCCUUCCACCAGCAUCACAACCCAGAUCCUAUUUUCCACCCAUGGCUGCUUUUAUUUUAAAAAACAAAUGGUCAUCUUGAAACAAAUAGGUCUGCUCUUUGACAGGGAGGCUCUGAUCCUAUCCUGGAUGUGCAUGGGAGUAGAUAUUUCAAUGCUUUCAUGUAGGGAUCUGAAGAAGAAUUGCUAUGCUGUACAGCCUACAGAAUUGAUCUUUUGCAUUUUUCUAUUAAUUCUGCUCCCGCAGACCUAAGUCUACAGUAAAGCUUAUUAAUCAUUAGCACAGUUAGGAGGGGUACUGUACAUUUAAAAAGAUCAGUUUCCGUGUUGUUUGUUUAGGGUAAAAAUGGAGGAAAGGAAACAGUUUGUGGCUGUUUUCUCAAGCUGCUUGCUACUGUAGGAUGCUUAAUCACUUGCUUGUGGGUUCAGGAGGCAGUCUAGCUUCCAUGAAGGCUGUUCUCAAAGCCAGGUACCAGGAAGGCUUAUAAGGACUGCUAAAAGAAAGCUAGCUUUAUUGUUUGGAAUAAGCCUAGGUAAGACUGUCUCCAGACAACCUCCUAUUGAGCAUCCAUCAUUACUUACUUGCACAAAGCUUAUGCAGAGGUUAAAUUCUAUCUGGUCUUUGUUCUGAUUAGUUUACAGGGAUGUUACACAACAAUGAGCAUUCAUCCAGCUGGAUAUUUAUAAGUUUCCCCAUUAAACAUUUGUUCAUCCCACAUUUUUCUGUUCAUUUUCUUGUCACUUUUCUAACAACAAAGAGUCUGUUUCUUUUUUAAAGAGAGGUUGGUGCACUAGGGUGACGUUCUAUUCCACUUUAAUUGUGCAAACCUAAAUUUCCUGGUAUGCACUUCAAUCCCUCCUGCAAAAUAGUGACGGUGUUCAACUAAAUUGUUGUGCUAGUGCAAGGAUUAAAAAGGUAAAGGGACCCCUGACCAUUAGGUCCAGUCGUGACCGACUCUGGGGUUGCGCGCUCAUCUCGCAUUAUUGGCCGAGGGAGCCGGCGUAUAGCUUCCAGGUCAUGUGGCCAGCAUGACAAAACCGCUUCUGGCAAACCAGAGCAGCACAUGGAAACA